AUGACCAGCUGGGGCGUCAAUCUGAGUGUGUCGUUCCAACACGGCCGAUUGGAAAGAAAAGAAAUAGACAAUGGUUCCGUUCGUCGUCGCGCUGAGAGCUUCGUCGAGCGGAAGAAUCUUGGGGGGGCACAUCACGUCCCAGGAGUUAAUCUCAGCAUCAACUUUGAGCGCUAUGUAUACCUUCACUUCUCUCAUGGAUUUUCACUCUGGAGACAGGAUCGCCUGAGUCAGCCUGAGAUUGCGAUCAUGCGACUCGUUAAUGAUAUUACUGAUCGAAAGGACUGGCAAACCCUCGUCAAUGAUUUUUCUGCCUGUCGGGCGUGGAAGAGCGAAGCCUUUGAGAACUACUUUCCUGACAACAAUUCUCUCUGGGAAUGGUGCUUAUUUGAGCUCCAGAGGAAAGCUACUGAAUUUACUACCAGGAAUCAACGUUCUGUUUUCGUCUUGGACUCUGCUUCUCGCGUCUGCAAGUCUGACCGCUUGGUGGGCAGCGGCUUUAUCACAAAGCUCAAAGUCGACACGCAAUUCCUCCAUAUUUCGCCUUGGAUGUUCCCAUUUAUCUUUGAUAUUUCACCUAUUCGAACAGAUGGUGAAGAUAUCACACUAGACAACUUCUUAAACUCUAUGACAGUGGGGGCCAUCCGUCGGCUGUCAUCGUGGGAUCCCGACGCCUUGAACAACGGGCACCCGUCGUACUACUCAGGGAGAUCACAGUGGUUGGCUACUGAUGUCAGGUUUUCAGAUGACGGUGCCUAUGUCAGCAUCAUUUCGCCAGUAAACAACUUACAUCCGAUCAAGCACAAGCCUGUUUAUACCGCACUAGAGCAUCUCGUGUCUGGCAUUAUCGAAGACUGGAACCAAACCUUGCUAUACAAAACCCUGGCACGAGGUGUUUCUCGUAUCCGGCCAAAGCCUUUCAAAUGUGCCGCCUGCUCUGCAGGUACUUUUAGCUUAUGCUAUUGCCCUAUCAACUUCCGCGAGUCUUCGGCAUGGGCGAAUGGCAGGCAAAACAAUAUUCCGUUAAAUGCCUGGUACGAACGCGGCUGGAAUCCAGUUAUGGCCCUUGACGGCCGGUACUCUAGCUCGCGAAAAGUCUACGACAACGUUUCUCUUCGCGACGGUUUCAAAGAUCGUGGCCUACAGAUCUAUGUGGAGAUUACAACUAUCAACCUUGACGAAAACGGCAACGUUACUACAGAUAGUAAACAGCACCUAUGUUGGAAUCUCAACGGUAAUCGAAAUGAGAGAAUUGUCGCUACUACACUUGUCUGCUUGCACCGAAAGAACCUCCAUCCUGUCUCUGGCGGAAUCACAUUUCGCACGGAAACGAAGCGCAAUACGUGGGAGGACAGACCGAAGAAAUGCCAUAAGUUGACUCCAGAGACGGUUGCUGGCCCAUCUCGUAGGCCUCCCGACCCUACUGUUCCUCCAGCUAUGGCAGAACCCCUCGAACCUGGAACUCGCGAAACGCCUUCUUUUCAAGAGCUUGGUACUAUCAAGCUACCAGAGGGCCGAAUAGUGACUUAUCCGAACACGCUUCAGCACAAGUUCGAGGCCCCUACGCUGGCUGAACCCGCACGGUCUGGUUAUAUUCAGUUUAUGCAAAUACAUCUCGUGGAUCCUCACUACAUUGUUUGCUCAACACGUUUUGUGCCACCCCAGAGCCUAGAGUGGUGGGAGGAAGCAAUUGACUAUCAGAAAAUCUGCCUUAUGUCUCAAAUUCCGCCGGAAAUCUCCCAUAGCAUCAUUGAAUGCCUACUUGUGCCAGAAAAGUGGCUAAACUCGAAGAGACGGGUUCGAGGGCUUCAGCAUUACUGGCGGACCACCUACUUCGCGCUGGACGGCAGACAGCCCCGACAACCCCCCAUCAGGUACGAGUCGGCCUUACGCAUGAGAAGGCACGCUCUUCAAAAGCACGAGAGCGUUUUAAGGGCUGUAAACGGAGAAAAAAUAUACGGUCAGCCAGGUGCCCUUACAAUAUGGGUUCGAACCGUUCUUCGCGACCGGACGCCAGUUGAUGGCCGUGAUCCACGCGACUUGUUUGCUAUACUUGCUCCGGAGACAGAAGACAACGACCCUGAUCCGAUUGGAGCGGACGCUGCCAAUGACAUUCCGGAUGUAGAAGAGCGCUAUAUGCGAAAUUUCGACAUUCCAUUGAGCAUUGCUGCAUCUUCCUCCAGCGAAGGAAGCACAGAUGGGGGGGAACCGCCGGUUGGGUUUGGCGGUAACAAUGGAAGCAAUGACGACGGUAACACUGGAAAUAGCAGGGGCGAUAACCCGGACGAAGGCGACGGUGGCAAUGAAGGGGCAGGCGCUGUGGCGCAGAAUGAAGACGCCGCACAGGAGUCUGAUACCGGAGAGAACUAUGUCGACGCAGUCCCCAGCUUCAAUACGGCUGAAUCUGCAGAAAUUGGAGGGGGUUUGACGGAGACAUCACAAGAGGAAGAACUGGAGUCGUUGUAUGAUGAUGCCAUGUCUCGGGCGGACGAGGUGGAGCUGUACGACAUCGAUUAG